AUGGUCAAAGAGGAAGCCUGUUCACCCGCGACGUCGUCACAUUACGCUUCGGCGGAGUCGAUUGUGGACGAUAGCGACGACUUGGAAAUAAAGCGAAUGUCAUUAGGACCUUACGGUGUAGUACUUUUACGUGACCACCACGAGCAUCCGACUUCAACCACCGGACCGUUGAGACUAACCACAGAGCCAGUCGAUGCUACGGAUGAGCCCGACCAGAUGCAAACCUACUUUUUAAAGGCCAUGGAAAUGUUCAUGCGAGACCAACUGCGACGGCCGCCACAUUCUGAGCCGACCAGUCGCCCCUACCCCAACCACAAGGUGUUCGGAGUAAGUAUGCCAGACACGUACAUGGAAUCGGCCGUCUCGCAUAGUGGUCACGGUAACAUCUAUGACCCUGACGACCUCGACAUUGACGGCGUCCGUCGACCUCACUUGGCUUAUACGGAAGCCAUUAUGGGAGAAGGAUUUGCUGCGCAUCAAAUUUGCAUGUCUGCGAUCGCCGAUCUAACAGGAGUUCUCAGGCCGCGAUCACGAUGA